AUGCCGAAGACAAAGCUCGCAGUGGUCUUCGAACUCCAGGCGACGUGGUUCCUGGUGAACACUUACAGGCAAUGUCCCCCGGCUUGUUUCACUGCGCUCUCUUACCUUAACGGCACAGGCAGUUCUGAGACGCCAUGGCUACGCACAGAAAACCCGUCGCUGGUGCAACACAGCCCUUCGCCCAUCAUAACGUACCGAAGGUCUACGAAGGAAGUUAGGCAACCCGAUCGACAAGCCACUGUCGAGCUUCUCAAGGCUUGGCAGGCGUCGUUUUUUACGUGCUCGAAUAGCAGUGGCGCGAGCGAGCACCAGUACCUUGACGUCGGUUGCGGACCGGGCAACUUUACGCGCAACUACCUGCUUCCCUUGUGCCCACCGACGCUGAAGAGACUCGUGGCUUGCGACAACUCGGCUGCAAUGGUGGAUUAUGCGGCAAGGGUGCACGGUCACGCCAAGAUCGAUCACCGACUGCUGGACAUAACUGUGGACAAGGACGUCGACCGGUUCAUCGCAGAGGAAGGCCGAUUUCAGAGAAUAUACUCUUUUCUCGUCCUCCAUUGGAUACAAGACAGGGCAGCUGCGCUCAAGAACAUCGAGCGCCUGAUGACACCUGGAGGCGAGUGCCUUAUAGUUUACAACCCGCAGCCGGGACCAGCUAUGCUGAAUCGAGCCUUCCUGGAGAGUGAAUCGUGGGCAAAAUACCGCGAUGUGAUGUCCGUGCCAGUAUACCACGAACUUGGCGACGCUGUCUCUUUGAGAAAGAACCUCUCCGAGCUUGUCAAGCAAACGGGGAUUGUUCCACUGAGCUGCGAAUUGGUUCGAAUCAACGUCAAAAGUGCCAAUAUCGACGACGUUGCUCGCUUGUUCGCAAUCGCCACUCCUUUCUACCCGCUGCUGACGGAAGAAGAGAAGCUCGAUUUAUUUAAGUUUGUCAAAAAUUUCAUGCUGCAAGGCCGCUGCUCUAACUUCUCCACCUCCGGAACAACAGAAUAGCUGAGAUUUGUAUUUCAUGGGUACAAACCAUAGAAGUCACGGCAACGCCUUCAGGGUGGACAGGCUGAUGUUAACACCAAAACCCUAAGGCAGCCUGUGUCUGCUUGUUGGCGUACGUCACCAAGGCGGAUCGCAAGGAGCACGUUCUGCACUAGGAAACUUCAAUUAUACCAGUAAAUUCAAGAUAGGAUGGACAAAAAUCAUUAACAAGUGGUAGGGAAUACAAUUUGCUACCACUGCACCUUGUACGAAGCUGGGGUUACGAAUUUUUUUCACCUUAA